AGGGGGGGGGGAAUGGGGAGGGAUGGUCUGCGGUCUCACUAUUAUUUUAGCCGCUGAGCAGUCGGAAUAGGAAUAGAGAGAAUUGCCGAAUCAUUGCGAUGUGAAAAUGUAUUAGCAAGAGGGAUUUUUGCGUAGAUUGCGCCGGUAUAAAUGUAGAUAGUGCGGGCAUUAGCAAUUUAGUGUUGUGAUGUUCGGAGAUAAGGAAAACGCUUUAGAGACUUUGGAACAGGUACAACGACCUCGCAGGAGUACGUCCAAUGGUUUUAGAGGACAUGCAAAUCUUGUAGCAACCCCAGAGAAAAGGAGAAUCACAGGAGAAAAUUACCCGUUUGACUCUGUUGUUUAGUUUCACAAGGCUAGUCAAGAAAUUAGCAGUAAAGUUCUCUGUUAUUAAUUUUUAAUUUCUCUUUUUCAUCCCAGACUUUUUAUCUUGUGUUAAAUGAGUCACAGGUUUAUAAGUAGUAUGUACUUUUCCAUGUCAUCAUCGACAAAUAAAGCUUGUUUGUUUGAUUGAUUGAUUGAUUGAUUGAUUGACUGAUUGAUUGAUGGAUCGGUCCAGUGCUAUAGUUUGAUCCCUGUGGGUGACUGUGUCGUAAAUGGUUGAGCUGUUAAAAUGAAUUUUAAUGCAGUGCGUUUAAUGCAUGACCUGCUAAUAUUAGACUAAUGUUGAUUAACAAAUACAGGCUUUAGAAUGUCGACAUUGUAUAAUAAUAGACGAGAGCCAAUGUAAGUAAAUUGAGUAUAGGUAAGCCAGCACAAGGAAAUAAAGUACGAAAAAUUGAGUUUUGUCUUUCUCAUGCGAAACGAAAAUUAGUUUGGCACCUUUCUAUUGUAUAAAUGUUAUUUCCAAGUUAUCAAUAGGAAAAAAAAUAUAUAUAUAUAUCGGUUUCUCAAAGUUCCUUUCCAAGUCUUGUUUAACUAAAUCACAUAACUUGGAAUCUAUCGUCACUAAACAAAUUAAUCAAAGAAGAUAAAAUACAAACAAAGAAAACACGUCGUAAUGACAUCAAGCCAGAGUUUCACUGACACUUCAAGUACCCGCUGUCCGAUUAUUCAUUGUUUAAAAACGAGGCAGUACACUUUCAAUUUAUUAUAUCAGAACAAUCUUAAACCUAUUGAACAGAAUACAUAUCACUUAUCCCUAUAGAAGGAAGAAUUUCGAAGAUUGCUUUGACCCACUGACAGCUUUUUUUUUCCUCCGGCGUCUUUUUCCCCAACUUGGACACGUUCCAAUCAGACGACAAAGACGACAGAGACAGACGCAAAACAUGAAAUGUGUACAACACAGUCCUCUGAAAAUGAAUUAAACAGCAUAUUACAAACGCAAACCCUAACCCUAACCCGAACCCGUAAGGCGACGCCUGCUCGCGUUUUCUCGCGAGAAGCCGCUCGAGACUAAGACGAUCGGAGAGAGACUGAGUACUAGUAUGUGUAAUGGCGAACUGCAGUGCUGGAGAAAUUUCUUAUCUACCGAGGAUUGCAGAUUUCUUUCAUUCUUUUACCCACUUAAACUUCUAUUUUGACAAUGUUUCGUCCAUUUUUGCUCCCACACUUCCUGAUUACCAACAGGUUUUGUUUCUGUAUGCCUUGGGUCCAUGUUUGUUUGGUGGACUAGCGUGUCUCAUUUUCUGUGGGCAUUUCUUAGCAAGUUGGUGUUCCUGUGACAAACGACAACAAAGACCACUACGAAAGUGUGUGAUAGCUUUGCGAUGUGUUGUUCUAUUUGCAUCUGUCACAUGCAGUGGUUUCAUAAUUGCAGCCUUUGUGUUUAAUGAUUCUUUAGACAUGGGAGUAAAAGGAGUGUUGACUGCAGUUUCUAAUGUUAACAACAGCCUCUUAGAAAUCCAGUCAAAGGUAACUGAAUUAACUGCAGUUGGAUUCUCCAUUUCUAGAUACCUUUUGCAAUACAAGUGGUGUGGAGAUAAUAUCUCCANCAUUAUUGAUGUUAGAGAUUGUCAUGGAAUCACUUCUGCUGGGUUGGAACUCAUUGAUAAAGUUCGUAGUAGCAUUGGAGACAUUGUCACUACUAUAGUGAAAAUACGCAAAGUUAACCUGCCUGAUAUCAAUGAUUAUAUCCAGGAAAUUGAGUAUUACAGAUGGUGGAGUACAUUUGGUACACUCUGCGUGAAUACCCUAACCUCCAUUGUAAUGACUUAUGCUAUCUUAAGACGAAGCAGAUGUGGAUUUAUACUUGCCAUAUUACUUGGAAUUAUCUCUCUUGUCCUAAUCUGGUCAAGUGCAGGAGUAGAUUUGGCUGUGGCUAUUGGGAUGUCUGAUCUUUGUGUGAAUCCUAAAGGAACUGUGUACUACUACAUCCGUGAUCAACCCGCAUUACAAAAUACAGGUGUUGUGAAGUACUAUGUGGAAUGCCCUGAAGAUGACGACAAUCCUUAUCAAAAGUAUGUAGACAAAGCAAGGGAACAUCUAGAGGAAGCUUCACGUCUCUUUACUAUUCUAUUGCCCCUGGGUUUGAAUUUGCCUCGUGAAUGUCAACAUGAUCUACUUGAAUGUAAAGAUGACCUGAAAAAAUCGCAAACAAGUUUGUCAAUCAUUACAAAGAAUCUGGACUGCAAAUAUGCACAUCAGGUAAGAAACCACUAAGAGUCUAUAUUCAGGACCUGUUGUAAUAAGUCAAAACAGGAAUCAAGUUAUAGUAGCAGUAGUAACAAUCUUUUAUUAGGAAGCUCCAUCACUAAAAGUGGUUUACAUAGAGGUCCUAAUACUAGAUAUAUACUAUAUUAUAAUGAUACAAUUAAAAUCUAUAGUUUUCGUGAAACGUAUAAGUAAUGAAAUGGUGACAAGUGAAAAUAGGAAGUAAUUUCACAUGUAUUUUGUCACAAUUCUA